AUGCUGCGGGGGCCCAACCAAAAUCAAUUAUCAAGUGAUGAUGAGAAUAUUCCUGAAACAAAAAUACAAAGAAGAGUACGUAUGUUAGAAUUCUAUGCCACUGUUAAAGACACAGAACUUAAAGAAAUAAUUAAUAGUCAAAAUUGUUGUUCAACAAUAGAUGUAUCAUGUCAAAAAUUAGAUGAUUCUAAUAUGGCAACUGUAAUUAAGUAUGGUAUUAAUGAAAAAAAAUGUAAAAGUCUUAAUUUAUGGGGAAACCGAUUUACAUAUAAAAGUAUUACAAUUCUUGCAAAUGUAUUAGGAGGCAAUACAACAUUAAGAGAACUGGAUUUAUCACAUAAUCUUUUAACAGAUCAAGGUGUUGAGAUAAUAUCACAUUUUCUUUCAUUAAAUACAUGUGCAAUUAAAGAUCUUGAUCUUUCCGGAAAUGAUAUUACAGAUAACGGGGCUCAGUAUCUAGCUAAUAUGCUUACAAAAAAUCAAACACUUAAAUUUUUAUCAUUAAAUAAAAAUCAAAUAACUGAUUAUGGUUUAAGUUUAUUAGUUAAGGCAGUUAAAAAUAACAAUAAUAAACUUACAGUUUUAAAACUUGAAUCAAAUCCAGAUAUAACUCCAAAUGGUGUUGAACAUGCUAUUAAUGAAUUGAAAGAAAAUAAAAUAUUACAAGAUAUUUAUUUCAAACAUUGUAAACUUGAUGAUUCAGACAAAAAAAAUUUUGAAGAAAAUGCUGCAUUAAAAACUGGAUUUUAUGUUAUUAUCUAA